UUUUUAUUUUUAUUGUUGCUCACUCGAUUUUACGAGUAAUGAUACUAAGUCAAGUGCAUGAUAUGGAUUUCUCCUGUAUAUAAUCUUAAAUGUGGAUUUUUCCUAUGAUAUGAUUUACCGAUCUAUGUAGACAAACUUGGCUUAAAGUAAAGCCAAGUUCUAGUAGGAUACGUUGUUGCCUAUGAUACUGCUCAAGAGGUUACCAAGGUUCUUGUUGAUAAUCUCAGUUUGGCCAUCUAUUGGGAGUGAUACGUGCUAUAACUGAAACUUAGCCCCAACACUUCUGCAAAGUGCAUCAGAAGUGACUCACAAACUCCAAAUCGUGAUUCGAAGUUAUAGUUUUGGGUAACUUAUAAAGUCACACAAUUUCCUUAAAGAGUAUGUUGUCGAUAUGUGUAUUUUUUUGAGAAAUUGUCCACUAAAACGAAAAUCGAAUAUGUACUUCUCUGAGUAUAGCAUGAGCUAGAAUAAGGUCCAUGGAAAUAUCCACCUACACCAGGACUAGAGUAGGAAAAGGCAUAUAAUGGCCUAUGUUUUGCCCAUGAAAGUCCUGACAUCUUCGACAUUAUGCUACUUAUUGUUCACUUCCUACACCACGUGGAGCCAAUAGUAUUUUUCCUCCACAAUAACAAAUGUUUGAUCUCUUUUGAAGUGUUCAUCAAGUCCCGUUCGUGUAGCUUAAAUAGAAUCUUUUCUUACAACAUUCCUUCUAGAAUGCUUUACUGCAGUGUUCAAAAUAUUGGUAUGGCAUUACGUAUCACAUCCUUGGGAUACAGAUACGUAUUGGUUAUCCCAUAGGAUAUAUCGUUUGUAUCGGGUAAUUUAUCUCACUUUUUGGGAAACAUGGGGAAACAUUUGGAAAAUGGUUGAAUUUUUCAAUGCUACUUCAGGGAUUGUUAAAAAUGACCUUAAUGCACACUUCUAAAUCAUACCAUCUCAAAAAAGAAGUGCGCAUAAUAGGUUUUCUUUGUAUGGGGUCGUAAGCUAUGUGUUGUCUAACUGAACUAAUGCAACUAUAUUCAAAUUGAAUGCAUAACAUUUAGAGUGUAUGUGAUGAUCAUUUCAUCAACCACUCCUAAUUCCUAAAUACUUCGAAAUUAGUCUCAAUUGACAGCUGGUUGAAGGGAAAUUUUGAAAAAAUAAAUAAAUAUUUUAAUAACUUUUAAUUAAAAAAUGAUUUUUAUUUAUCGAAAAUUGACAAGGACUUAACAAAUCAGUAGAUCGGCUCUCAUACAUGCUUGAUUUCAUGUCUGGAGUGCAACAUUGCAAGCAAUUUGGGAGAAAUUGGGGAAAUUUCGAAUCUUCUCCAAAAAUUUCAAAAUCGGACCACCUACACUCAAAUUUCAAAAUUAAAAUGUAUGUGAUGAUCAUCAAAUACUCCUAAAUACUUCGAAAUUAGUCUCAUUUGACAGUUGGUUGAAGGAAAUUUUUGGAAAAAAACAUGAUGAACAUGAAGAACCAAUGGAUAUCGAAAUUAAAGCUCCAACUCCAUGAUUUUUCAUGCAAAACAUGAAGAACCAAUGGAUUUAUAACCAUUUAACGCUGAUUUAACAUAAUUUCAAAAAAAAAGGGAUCGAAAAUUGAAAAUGCUCACCAAAUCGAACAUGUGGGAUAUAUCGGCACUACCUGUGCGUUUCGUAUCGCACAUGUGGGAUACAAGAUAUAUCGUGGGAUAUAUUGGCCAAUAUCGUCGAUAUUUAAAACAUUGCUUUAGUGUACUUAGAUAAAUAUCUACUGUGCGAGAUUAAUUCAUGCAUUGGAUCUCGGUUAUCCACACAUCUAUCGAGCCUCUUGAUGAAAUUACCGAGCAUCUUGAUGAAAUGAGGUCCUCUGAUAGCCUCCACAAUGAGUGUCUCUAAUUGCACCAUCCUCAUACUAUAAGCGUUUGUGUUUUGUUCUGACUUCUAACUUUGUGGCACAAAAGGAAUGUCUACUUUCUUAAAAAGCUAUCCACUUUGCAUGACGAGCAUUCAACUUCUUCUAGGAGUGGAGAUAUCUCAAUGCCUAAUGGAGAAUAUUGCGGUUGGAUGCUACCCUUACCCUUUUGGAGGCCAAGCUGAGGAGCAUAGAUGGUGUUGGAGAAUGUGAAGAAAAUGGUAGCGUUGAAGUCGCUGGACCUUCAAAUCAACCAGAGUCGCAAGACCCUUCCUCCGUUGAGAGCUCCUCCGAGCCAACAUGCAGAUCUGGCAAGCCUUCAUGGACACUUGUAUAAGAUUCCACAUGACAGUCUUUUAGAAAGGAUGGGAGAAGUACGUACUGACCAACAGAUGUUAGAGAUGUUUGAUUAUUACAAGAAUGGGAAGAGAAAGUUGAAAGUGUUUGUUACAUUUUUGGAGGAAGAAAGUCAUGAUGAUGAAGGCGAUGAUGAAAGUAAUGAAGACUCGGGUGCCUCAGAAGGUGAGGAGGAUGACGUUGUGAUCGGCUUAGCAGAAGAAGAUGACGUGGCUGAUUUUGAUGAACUGAUAGAUCUGGAUUCAGUCCAUGAUUCAGAAGACGAGGACGAUAGUGACGAUCUUUAUGCAGAAGACGAAGAUGCUGAGAGGCAUGAUUUUAUCGACGAUGAACCCAACUUUUAUUCUAAAACAAAAUUUUGAUAGUAUUGAUGCAUUCCGUAUGGCACUUAGGCAAUACUGUGUGAGUAGAGGAAUAGAACUGAAAUUCCAUAACAAUGAUCGAAGGCGUGUUACCUUAUAAUGUAAGGCUGAAAUGUGUGCAUGGAUGAUUCAUGCUGGUGUCCACCAGAAUAACAGGACUUUUAUUGUGAAGAGAUAUAAUGAUGCCCACAAGUGCAGUACUAUCAAUGACAAAGAAAAUUGCAUGGCGUCAACUAUCUAGAUUUGGUUAGCCAUAGAGGACAUAGUUCGUAACAAACCAGGCGUAGUGGUUAAGGCAUUGAAAGACGAACUUAAGAGGAAGUAUGGAUUGACUGUUAAUUAUAAGAAAGUUUGGCAUGGGAGAGAGUAGGCCAUCGACAAGAUUCUGGUUCACAUAAAGAAUCCUACCAUCUAGUCCCACAAUUCGCUCAUGCUUUAUUGACGUCGAAUCCUGGAAGUAUUAUCAGGAUACAAGUAGAGAGUUAUGACAACUGCCAUUUUAAACGGAUGUUCAUGUGUUUUCAGGUUCUGUUAUGGGCUUCCUCAGUGUUGCUAGUCCAUUCAUUGGUGUCAAUAGAUGCCACGUGAAAAAUAAGUACAAAUGUGUGAUAUUGACAUCCAAAAGUAUCGGCAGGAACAAUUGGAUUUUCCCCAUAGCCAUUGCCAUGGUAGAGGGAGAGAAUACUAAUAGUUGGAGGUGGUUGUUUAAUGCACUGCAUGAUGGGCAUUGACACGCCAAGGGAGCCUGUGAUCAUGUCAGACAGGCAGAAGGGCCUGAUCGAAGCCGUGGAUGAGGUAUUUCCAUAUGCAUAUCAUAGAUUCUGCGUCCACCACCUAGAUCAGAACUUCCAAAAACAAUUCAGGGGCAAAAUUUUUAAGGAUAGGGAGAUCAACGCAAUCAUAUAUGUGGUAUGAUUUUGAUGAAACUCUAAGAGAAAUAAAGAAAGAAUCUGUACCUGCUCACGAGUGGAUAUCUAAGGUUCCUUCACGGUACUGGUCAAGGGUAUAUUUCAGCGAUACCUCUUGCGUUGAUCAUGUAACCAACAAUAUAUCAAAAUGCUUCAACAAUUAUAUAAGUGAAGCUAAACCAAAGCCAAUUGUUGAGGCCAUGAACUUGAUAAGGGUGAAAAUAAUGAAUACUUUUGCGAUAAGGAGGGUUACAGUAGUUAAAUGGGAUAUAUUGCCCGUUCCUAAUGUAAU